AUGGCUCUCUCCUGGAGUCUGCUCCUAGUGUUCCUGUGUGCUAUCCUGGCACCAUCACACAGCACUGAGCCUGGAGCUCCUCACGGCAAGAGGAGACAGGCGCAGACCUCAGCAGGUGGCAGCAAUGCCCUACAGCACCCUCUGCAGGGCCUACAGGGCCACAGUUACAGCAGGGGCCGUGGAGGACACGGGAGCCAGGGUGCCCGUGGUGCCCAGGGUGGAGCUGGGCUGCUCUCCCACAGGCCCAUGCAUCCCCUGGCCAGGCCUGAGGAUGAUGGGACAGGCCUGGAGGGUCUGAGCCCAGUGAAACUGGAGAUGGGCCCAGGAAGAGACAGAGACAGAGUUCGCAUGGGUAUGAAGACUUCAUCACAGGCCCGGGAUAACAACCUUCUGGGGACACGCAAGGGGAGGAGGCACGGACAUGGGUCUGGGCAUGGUCAUCACUUUGAGCACAAGAGACAAGGGAGUCAACGUGACAAGGGGCGACAUGGGAAAGGAUUUCUUCCGGAGCCUGCGCUCAGCUCCGCGUUGAAGGACAGAGAUCUGUUCGACGAGCCUCCCUUCACCUCCUCUGCCGCCUCCCACUCACUCAGCAUGACCCCGCCCAGUGAUUCCCCCUCCCCCAUCGCCGCCGUCUUUGGCUCCGGCUCCUCUAUGGUUACCACGGUGAUGAACGAGCAUCCCCCAACGCUGCCCCCGGCCUCCACCAAACCCCAGAGGUCUGGACGAGGAAAAGGUCAAGGAGAGGUGAUGCCAACGUUGGACAUGGCGCUCUUUGAUUGGACAGACUAUGAGGACAUGAAACCUGUGGAUGCCUGGCCGUCUUCCAAGAAGAAAGACAAGAGGCGGAGUAAGAAUCUCAGCAGUGGAAAUGUGACUGUAGACCCUGAUGCGAUCGAGCCAUGUGACCACCAUCUCGACUGCCUCCCAGGCUCUUGUUGUGACCUGAGACAACACGAGUGCAAACCUCACAACAGAGGCCUCAACAACAAGUGCUAUGAUGACUGCAUGUGUGAGGAAGGGUUUCGUUGUUACGCUAAAUUCCACCGGAAGCGGCGUGUGACCAGGAGGAGGGGUCGCUGUGUGGUGCCAGAGUCAGUCAGCAGUGACCAAGGAGGCUUCAUCACUAUCUGA